AUGGCAGCCCCAAAGGACAGGAGCUGGUCGAGCUGCUCGCGAGGAGCCAGAGAAGUGGGUACAAUGAGCUCUAUGAGGCAUUUGCAGAUGGCACUGGCUCGUCUUCAGGCUUUAUUGGAGGCCAUGCCAAAGGACCUUCGGCGUAAAGAGAUCGAAGGUCUUUCGAAGGAGCUCCGCGCCGAGCUCGCAGCCUUCAUGGAGGCACGUGAACAGCGCAGUCUCUGCAGCACGUUCCGUCCUCCCAAGGUGCGCCUUUCUCACGCCACAGGAAAUAUUUGGUCCUUUAAGAGCACCACACGCUCUUUCCACCGGGCCCGCUGCCAGAUCGGCGGCGUGCUGAUCCGCUCGGGCACGGUGCGGCGGCGUGACGAGGCGGAAGACUUGCUGGUUCACCUGCGGCACGCACAUGCGCUGAGCGGGAACCUGGAAGAGAGGCUUUUGGCCGCUACAGAGGCCCUCUCUGCGCUGGGCAAAUCCGUGACCUUUGCCGUGACCUUGGACGCUCGUCGCUGGGUGGGGCAAACCUUGGAAUCUCCCAGUUCUCGGUGCCUCUCCGAGACCCUCCAUUGGAGGCGCCAAGCAGAGGCCGCAGAGGCCGCAGGCUGGCCAAGCAUCCGGCAGCUUUGGAUGGAUUGGCAACGCCUGGAGAGGCCGAGGCAGUUUCAGCAUCGUGUCCGCAGUGCGGAGACCGUGCAACGCUUGGCGCGGCGCGGGGAUGCGGCGGAGACCCGGAAGCGGCUCCGCCAGGAAGCGGCUGGACGGCGUUUGGAGAGGUCUUACCUCUGGGCAAAGAAGCGCGCAGAGCGGCUGCUGGAGCGUGCGAUGGAACCAAGGCGCGAAGAACGCGGUGGCCGCACAAGGCGAGGGGAUCGUGAGAGUCAUGUGCGCUUGCGGCUGGAACUGGAGCAGAAGGAUUCGGACUUUCUUUGA